AUGAGACUACGUCAUUUUCUGAAAGUCAAGAACAUAUCGUCUUUCUUAAUAUGGACACAUGACAAAGUUUUUAUUUGCGUCGUCAACACUACCACCACACAAUCGCCUCCCCAAUUCAGUCAUUACCGGCCAGACUCGCACAAUUGUCCACGAACGAUCGACGUUUCACGCGAACUUGUCGAUAUCUAUCUAUCUAUCUAUCUAUCUAUCUAUCUAUCUAUCUAUCUAUCUCUUCAUUAUCUAUCUAUCUAUCUAUCUAUCUAUCUAUCUAUCUAUCUAUCUAUCUAUCUAUCUAUCUCAGUCUGCACCUUUGUAUGUAUGUAUGUAUGUAUGUAUGUAUCUAUCUAUCUAUCUAUCUAUCUAUCUAUCUAUCUAUCUAUCUCAGUCUGCACCGAUGUAUCUAUCUAUCUAUCUAUCUAUCUAUCUAUCUAUCUAUCUAUCUAUCUCAGUCUGCACCUAUGUAUGUAUGUAUGUAUGUAUGUAUGUAUGUAUGUAUGUAUCUAUCUAUCUAUCUCAGUCUGCACUAUCUAUCUAUCUAUCUAUCUAUCUAUCUAUCUAUCUAUCUAUCUCAAUCUCUUCAUUAUCUAUCUAUCUAUCUAUCUAUCUAUCUAUCUAUCUAUCUCAGUCUGCACCUUUAGAUCUAUCUAUCUAUCUAUCUAUCUAUCUAUCUAUCUAUCUAUCUCAGUCUGCACCUAUGUAUGUAUGUAUGUAUGUAUCUAUCUAUCUAUCUAUCUAUCUAUCUAUCACAGUCUGUUCAUAUUCUCUUUCUCUCUGUCUUUCUCACCACCCCUAUCUCCCUCUCUCUCUCUCUCAGUGUUCAUAUUCUCUCUUCCCCUCUCAAUCUAUCUCACCCUGUUCGUAUUCUCUCCCUCUCUUUCUCUCUCUCUUUUUCUCACACUGUUCAUGUUCUCUCUUCUCUCUCUCUCUUCUCAACAUCUCUCAUUCACCCUGUUCAUAUUCUAUAUCUCUCAAUCUGUCUCACUGUUCGUAUUCUAUCUAUCUAUCUAUCUAUCUAUCUAUCUAUCUAUCUAUCUAUCUAUCUAUCCCAUUCUUUUAAUAUCUAUCUAUCUAUCUAUCUAUCUAUCUAUCUAUCUAUCUAUCUAUCUCAUUCUUUUCAUAUCUAUCCAUCUAUCUCAUUCUUGUCAUAUCUAUCUAUCUAUCUAUCUAUCUAUCUAUCUAUCUAUCUAUCUAUCUAUCUAUCUCAUUCUUUUUAAUAUCUAUCUAUCUAUCUAUCUAUCUAUCUAUCUAUCUAUCUAUCUAUCUAUCAACGUAUGUGAUGUGCUUGGAACCGGAUUUCUGUUGCAUAUCUAUCUAUCUAUCUAUCUAUCUAUCUAUCUAUCUAUCGCAGUCUGUUUUUAUCUAUCUAUCUAUCUAUCUCAGUCUGUUUCUAUCUAUCUAUCUAUCUAUCUAUCUAUCUAUCUAUCUAUCUAUCUAUCUAUCUAUCGCAGUCUGUUUUUAUCUAUCUAUCUAUCUAUCUAUCUAUCUAUCUAUCUAUCUAUCUCUAAAGGUCAUUCUUUCUUUCUUUCUUUCUUUCUUCUUUCCUUCCUUCCUUUCAUUUUUUCUUUUUCUCUCUUUCUUUCUUUCUUUCUUCUUUCUUUCUUCUUCAUGACUCAUCAAUAUUCUUUCUUUCUUUCUUUCUUUCUUAUUGACUUAGCAAGAUGCUUUCUUUCGUUUUUCCUUUCUUUCUUAUUAACAAUAUUCUUUUUCUUUCUUUAUUUUCUUUCUUUCUUUCUUUCUUUCUUUCUUUCUUUCUUUCUUUCUUCAUUAGUUUUAACAAAUUUCUUUCUCUUCUUGUCUUAG